AUGAGAGAGUGCGGUGAUCGUAUACGUAGGGAGCGGGCGUCGCCGACGAGCCCGCGCCUGGUGCUUAGACGCGUGCUCGUGUUGUCCGAGGGACGGCAGUUCAGGGAGGCGGCUGCCGUCCUCCAGAGACUGGGGGCGGCGACGAUAGCCGCCGUUGCAGGUGACAUACCGCUGGAUUUACUUGUGGAGGGUCUGCCUCAUUCUGCGCAACUAUUGGAUACGCUGUUCAAUAAGUUAAUAGCGUCCGGUCAGAGGCCAAACUUGAACGCUGAACAGGUAGUGUGGCAGUUGGUCAGAUUGUUCGCCUCUCACGAUGAUCCGACGCUCAAGACGAAAGUAGCGAGGCUGGCGAAGACGCUCGUCGAUUAUCAGCCGGAAAUGCAGAGGAUGUUGUCGAAUAGGAAAAAGGCAUUGGAACAAGCAGUUCAAGGACUGGGUUGCCACGGGUUGACGCCAGAUGUCAGCGGUCUGACCCAUCUGCACGUCGCCCUCAAAACCGAACUGCAACGGCACAUCGACGCUUACAAGAGCGCCCUCCACCGUCUCGACGAGCUAGGCGUCGCCGCCUCCGACACGAAGAAACCUGUCGAUGCGUCCCACCAGCGGCUGCUCUCCCUCCACCACAGCGAGGUGCAGCAGCGACUCAUCGACAACAAGACCCUGCUCACGAUCCUGGACAAGCCGGCGCUAAAACAACUCACGCCCCUGAUUGACAUGCUGGCGACGAGGGUGCAGAACGACAAGGAGGCGUUGUUCUGUCUCUCGCAGCUCAAAAGGCUUCAACCGAUCCACGAGGACAUUCCGGUGGCCACAGCCCUGAUGUCGUUCUCGAGGGGUUGCGGAACGCUGUUGGAACUGAUGCAUCUUCCGGACAGUCCGUGUAACAGCGACACCGGCUAUCAUUCCGAACCGGAAACGGAAAUGGAAGGAGGAAAGGACCUGGUGGGUCGAUACGCCACCCUCUACUACCAGAGCAGGCCGCGGGCACUCGAGGCGUUGGACUCCCUCCCGGAUUUGGUGCACGCCACGCAGCUCAAGUCGAAAAUACUGUUCUCCGUCGUUGUGCUGGCGUUCAGGACGUGCAAAAAUCUGCGGGAGUCGAAGCUGCGCGAGACGUUCCGCAACCUGCACGUUGACGGUCGUUCCGCCGCUGCCGAAAAUCUACGCAACGACGUAAUGCGAUGUUUGGCCGCGUCCCCGGAGAAUUUCCCGCUAGCCGAUGCGGAAAAUCAAGUCCUGGCACUGGUCUGCGACACGCUGAGAGAGUACAAGUGUCUCGAAUCCUGCAUGCCGCUCAGGAGAUACGUGAGCGAGGCGACGAAGGUGGCGUGGACGUUGGUCAAUCAGGUACCGCCGUUCGAGCUGGACACCGACUUCCAGACGCCCAACAGGAUGCGACAAGAGAAACACCAGAGGCACCAUUCGUCGGACAGGAGCAGCGACGCCGUUAAGUCGUACCUGUGGCCGGCGCUCGUGCUCCAGAACGAGUACGUCUUCAAGGCGGUCGUCGUCACCGGCGGCACCUGAUUUUCUAAGCGUUUUUUUUUUUUUUUGGUUUUUAAGUUAAGUUUUCCCAGUAUUGUACAUAUUAA